AUGAUGAGAGAAGCUGGUCUCUUCUCUAUGCCUGAUGGUUGCAGAUUCUUUUUGGGUAAUCGAACCGACCCGAUCCCUGAAGGUGAGGAGAUCUGGUUAGAGAAUGGCGACGUCAUCCGCCUUGUCCGGGCACAUGAGACACCCCCGGUUUUCAGCAACCUCCGGGAUUGGCUAGGUGGGUACCGUGACUUGGGGUUUAGGCCCACCUUCCCUCACAUCUACCCUGCCAGGGCCGUCAUGUUGCUGCACCACACGGGGCGUUACAUGUUUUCUCGGCACGUUGAAGGCCGUGGCCCUGUCGAUGAGGCUGCUGCUGAGUUUGUCGGUGUAAGAAGGGAUGAAGUUACAUUCCAUGCGCCUCCUGACGGCCUGCUUGAGAAUCUUGCUUAUCGUGGUUCCAAUAUGCGUGGCCUCAUUGCAGUUGUUGAGAAGAACCGCGAUGGAUCGCAGGAAACUGUCGUCCUGUUGGACUUUCGACAGAUAGCCGGGCCUCCCCAGUUCCUUCGACUCUCUCGGGCGCGACUUGCCUACACUGAGCUGCAGCGUGUGUUGCCCACCGCACCGCCUCCUGGGUGGCGAUUAGUCGUUCAAGGUGGGCGACGGCGCACCAAUCACCUUGAUGUCCGUUCUGGGACUGUCUUGGUUUUCGGCUUUCAAAGGGUUGACGCAACAGACCCGGAGUUUGACGUGUUUUCUUCUUCCUCUGAGCCGGGGGACUCGGAUGAUUCUGCAGACGACCACUGCGAAGGUGCUGAAGAGGAGCCCCUCACCGAUGAUAUGAGCACGCGGUCCUGCUCCCAUCCGCAGGGCGCGAGGGGACCCUCACCCUCGUCUGACCGUUCUUUUCGGGGUUCUUUCCCAGCUGAGCCUCAGGGUGCGCUUGCUAAAGGUUGGAUGCCACCCCUGUCUUGGUGCCGUGAGUUCACCAUAGGGUUUAGUCCUUCCCUAGAGCCACUCUUCAGCUCCCUCGGCCAACCAGCGUGGGGCCUGCCCAUAGCCCCGCUCGCCAAGGCCUUUGAUCAUGUGGGAUUCUGGUUGACUAGCGUAUUCCCGACCCCUGAUGGUCUUCGCGACAAAACCUGUGGGGUGCGCCAGCACCGUGUGCCUGCUGAGCCGCCAGGGGGAGCACCAGGUGUCCCCAGCCAGAUAGACAGGUACCUGGGAGGCGCUAUCCCCCGCGCACUCGGAGACCGCAGCCCAGACCGGCCACCACCGCCCGAUUGGAGGCAGCCGCGACCUGUCCCGGUUGUGGCCCCUCCCCCGCCGGCCUUCAUUCAUGGCAUCCUCGUUGCCAUGACACCAGGGUACAAGCCGGACUGCAGUGUCUUGGCGCUCCGCACGCCGUGCGAGCUUGACUUUGCCAUCAGGGAGGUCCAAUCCGUCCGGGACCCCGAAGACCGCAGGAGAUUCCCCCGAGUUUUUCCUGCAGUGCCACAGCCCUCCCACGAGUAUGCUGUGCUCAUUGCGAUGCCGCGAUGGUUUAACGGCCUUGUUGCUGUGCUUUUCGAUUGCCGGCGCUGGAGUGGGAAGAUGUUUGUCGAGCAGGUGACAGACCGGCCCACCCGAGAGGAGCUUCUGACCGCCGCUGGUUGUGGCAUCGGCGCCUGGCUCUAUGUCACUACUUCUACCUUUGAAGGGGCUUUGCAGCCCGGACAACAGGUCGGCCUUUUUGACGGGGCUGUCGUGAAGAUCUCCCCUUACGACCCGGACCCUGUAAGGGGGCUCCUGUUGGAGCAGAUGCUGCGCAGCGCGGAACGUUGGAACGUUCACGCGCAGCUACCCUUCUCCUAUGCGCCAGCCAUCUGGCUACUGUCUGAUGAGCGCCCCUUGCGCCUGGAUGUCGAAAGUCUGCAUGUCCCGAUUAGGAGCUCUGUUGUUGCUGAGGCUUUGCAUUACGACCCGCACCACAUAGCACUGAAGCCGCUCAGCCCGCCAGUCACAGACCAUGAUGCACGGGGCUGGGGGUCGGCUGCAGUUGUUAUUGCUACAACGAGAGUACCCCGGCACCGAGGUCCUGGCGCCGUGCCUGUUGCAGUUGCCUAUGAUCAAAGGCCGAUUCUACAGGAUCUCGUUUGGGGCCUGGAACAAGAUUCCAGGUUGCUGGUGCAAGAUCUCGCCGAUCGGUACGCGCAUAUUUGCCCCUUGGGCAUGCACGUUGCCUUCACGGGGGCAGUCGGUGUUGACUCCCCUGAAGGCACCUACUUUGAGCUCUACGAUGGGUUGUGCAUCACGGUUGAUUUUGUUUUCAUCGACCACCUGACCGAUGCCGAAUCAGCCUCGGAGCCCGACAGCAUGGAUACCACCGAUGCCCACACCUCAUCAGACGGAGGCUCGGAUGACAGUGAAACCUCGUCAGACACUCCCGGCGGAAACCGCAGCCGCUCUCCACGCGUUGCUGCGGGACCUCUAACCCGGGAGCUGCAUGGCAACACCGGACGCCAUGUCCUGCAGUUCGCGCUUGUAUUAGUGCGCCUGCUGCUUGAGGCCGCUUUCAGAAAUGCCGUUGGUGACAGCAUGAGCAGUCGAGUUGCAAUGUGGAGGGGCUGUCUUCCGCGGGGCACAAUGAUGCUUGGCCACGGCCGCUCCACCUCUUUCCUCCUGCUUGUGUUCGCCAGCUGUGUCGGUCUUGUGCGUGGCUUCUGCACCGGAGGAUGUCCCCCUGACUUGCCUCCUGGGUGUUGGCGACCUGGACCCACCGUUGCGCUGCUUGCCCUGACGCUGACCGGAACUCGGAGGCUGGGCCUUUCCUGGCCUUAUAGGCGUCCUUCCCGGCGCUGGGAUGAUGACUUGGGCGAAGACUCGUCCCCAGACGGGUCUGAUGGCAGUGCUGCAGGCAUCCUCUGCGACAUCGCAUUCCUGCUCCUCACGCCUGAGUGCACCCCCGAAAGGGUUGCGGUCAGCAUGUACCUUCCCCUUCGGGCAGACGAGGCUCUCGAGAUUGUGCAAAGGAGCCGCAGCGUCCUUGCUGCCCGCACCUUCCCGGACCUUGUUCCUGUUUGGCCUCAACCGGAUGCGCGUUGGGCGGUGUGCUUAGCUAUUCCCAGGCCUUCCCUUGCAGUCCCUGUCAUCUGCUGUGACCUGUGGAAUUGGGAUGGCCGGGUUUUCGCGGCUGUGGCACCCCCCAUGCCCUGGAAGACGAUAUGUGACUUAAAUGGUUGGGAUCCUCUUUUUUGCAAUAUUUAUAUCAAGCAUUGGUGA